AUGUUCAUCUGGGAAGCCCUGAUCCAAGGCCCCGAAGGUACACCCUUUGAAGGCGGCGUCUUCCCCGCCGAACUGCGGUUCCCGAAGGACUAUCCUCUUGCGCCACCGAAGAUGAAGUUUGUGACGGAUAUGUGGCACCCUAAUGUCUACAAGAACGGCGAAGUAUGCAUAUCGAUUCUACACGCGCCCGGCGAAGACCCAAUGCACUACGAGCAAGCGUCCGAACGCUGGUCGCCUAUUCAAAGCGUGGAGAAGAUCCUAAUAAGCGUUAUGAGCAUGUUGGCUGAGCCGAACGAUGAGAGUCCGGCAAAUGUGGAUGCGGCGAGGAUGUGGAGGGAGAAACGGGCGGAUUAUGAGAAGAUUGUCAGGGACAAUGUGAGGAAGAGUCUAGGAUUGUGA